AUGCACUCUCUCUCUCUCUCAUAUAUAAUGGACACUAGCUCUGAAAUGACGCAAAUUCCAAGAAAUAUAAAAUGUCACUGUGCUAAAAGAGUAGGGACCUAUGGAAGUCAAGUGAUCAAUGGAGUCUUAGCUCAGGUCUGUCUCAUGAUGAGUCCCUGAGCUCAUCCUCUGAAUAUUACUGCUGUUCCAAAAUGCAUAAUUAGGAUUUAAAUAUUCAGCAACUGGCCGAAUCACCACAUUGUUUCUAUGACCUGUAGCAUGGUAGGAAAGGCCAAGUGGAAGCCACUAGAAUCAGGUCAUAAGAAUACAGUAAACCAAAAUCAAUACUGAAUUUCUGGAAGUAUUACAGAGAUUAGCAGCAUCAUCAAAGACUUGAAGAAUGCAGGAACGAUGACUUCCACCACAUCCCCAUUCAACUCACUUAUUCAGCCUGUGAAGAAAACAGAUAGUUCUUGGAGAAUAACAGUGGAUUAUCAUAAACUUUACCAGGUGGUGACUCCAACUGCAGCUGCUCUUCCAAAUGUGGUUUCCUCACUUGAGCAAAUUAACACAUCCCCUGGUACCUGGUGUGUAGUCAUUGAUCUGGAAAAAGCUUUUUUCUCCAUACCUAUUAGUAAAGACCAUUGGAAGCAGUUUGCUUUUUGCUGGCAAAACCAGAAAUAUACCUUCACUGUCUUACUUCAGGGGUUUAUCAAUUCUCCAGCCAUAUGUCAUAAUUUAGUCUGCAAGGACCUUGACUGCCUCUCUUUUCCACGAGAGAUUACAAUGGUCCAUUACAAUGAUGAUAUUGUGCUGAUUGGAACCAGAAAAGAAGCACAAUGCCUCAUUGGUCUCUGUAGUUGGAGGCAACAUAUUCUUUAUUUGGGUGUGCUACUCGGGCCCAUCUACCAACUAACUAGAAAAGCUGCCAGUUUUGAGUGGGCCCAGAACGAGAGAAGUUUCUGCAACAAGUCUACACUGUUUGUAAGCUGCUCUGCCACUUGGGAAUAUGGAUCCAGCAAUCCAGUGGUGCUUGAAUUGUCAGUGGCAGAUGAAGAUACUGCUUGGAGCCUCUGGCCCUCAAUAGGCCAAUCACGGCUCAGACCCUUAGAAUUUUAGAGCAAAUACCUACCAUCUUCUGCAGAUAAUUACUUUCCAUUUGAGAAAAAGGUUUUGGCUUGCUGUUGGGUCUUCAUAGAGACCGAAUGCUUAAAUGGGCACCAAGUGGCCAUGUGACCUGAGUUGCCCAUCACAACCUGGGUCAUUCCAUCACCAAAUGGUCACCUUAUAUGACAUCAGUCUCAAGCAGGCCCUGAAGGCACAAGGUAGUUACAUGAGGAAUUAGCCCAAAUACCCAUGGCUCCCACUCCUGCUACAUUACCUUCAUAA